UGACGUUGUCGUUCCAUUUCCUUUUAACACUGUGCGUCAAGCGCGGUGAGGUGUGUGUGUUCAAGAGUUUCCUAACAUCGGAAUUUAGUGAUCAAAUAUGUUCUCCUCACUUAUGGACGCGGCGCGUAACUCGCCGUUCCGUGGACCCCUGUCACCUGCAAGCUGUGAUGCAGCAAUUGCAGCUCCAGAAGCACAGGGAGGCAUGGCUGCGGCUGUUGCUACCGGAGACUCAUGCGAGUUUGGAUCGUCCAAAUACUUCAUGUUAUGUGGACUGGGCGGUAUCCUCUCUUGCGGUAUCACACACACGGCCGUGGUUCCCCUCGACCUGGUGAAAUGCCGACUCCAAGUGGACCCUGCCAAGUAUAAGAACCUGAUGAACGGCUUCAAGGUCUCUGUGAGCGAGGAGGGCAUGCGAGGCCUGGCUAAGGGAUGGGCACCCACCUUCAUUGGCUACUCACUGCAGGGUCUCUGCAAGUUUGGUCUGUAUGAGGUCUUCAAGGUGGCAUACGCUGGUAUGUUGGACGAGGAGACAGCGUACACAUACAGAACUGGACUGUACCUGGCUGCGUCGGCGUCAGCAGAGUUCUUCGCUGAUAUUGCCCUGUCACCACUAGAGGCCGCUAAGGUCAGAAUCCAAACCAUGCCUGGUUUUGCCUCAACCCUCCGUGAGGCCUGGCCCAAGAUGGUACAGAAUGAGGGCUACGGAACCUUCUACAAGGGCCUGGUGCCUCUGUGGGGCCGACAGAUCCCUUACACCAUGAUGAAGUUCGCUUGCUUUGAGAAGACUGUCGAACUCUUGUACAAGCAUGUGGUUCCCAAGCCCCGAUCGGAGUGCACCAAGGGUGAGCAGCUUGUGGUGACAUUUGCCGCUGGUUACAUUGCCGGUGUCUUCUGUGCCAUUGUCUCGCAUCCAGCUGACACUGUGGUUUCAAAACUCAACCAGGACAAGACAGCGACAGUUGGUUCCAUCGUGGGCAAGCUGGGAUGGGCCGGAGUAUGGAAGGGUCUGGGACCCAGGAUCAUCAUGAUUGGUACCCUCACAGCCCUGCAAUGGUUCAUCUAUGAUGCUGUCAAGGUGUACCUGAGGAUGCCCCGGCCACCACCAGCAGAAAUGCCAGAGUCGAUGCGCAAACGGCUCGAGGCUGAGGAAGCUAAGAAUAAAUGAAGAAACCAAGACCGCUAGAUAUACAUGUUUUGCUGUGAUCAUUCUGUACUGGCCAUUGUUAUGUUACACAAAUGUAGCGAUCCAAAUGGGUUGAAUUAAUUGGGUCAAAAAUUUAACUCAAGAAACAAAAAAAAUUAAAAUCCAGUUGUAUUUUUUUUUAAAUACAGCUGUCAAAAUAUUUUGAAUGCAGCUGUGUCAAAAUGUACUACUUGAAGUAUCUGUAGUAAUCUUUGUAUGUUUUGAAAGAACAAUUGGAUCAAAUUGUUCUUUCAAAAUUAUAUUUUUAUUCUUUCUAUUAGCCAUAAUUGGAUUUUAUAGAUGAAAGUAUAAAAUAAACUGGAAAUACUUUUUAUUAUUAUUAUAAAAUGCAUCUUUAUUGAUUUUUGUAUAUAAGCAUAUAAGUAAGUGUAAAUGUUGGCAAUGGCUUAUAUGGAGUGGUUUUAUCAUAAUUGUAGUUGUUGAUUAGGUGAAGAAGUGUUAAGGGUGUGUCGGCAAUUUGUUCCAUACUCUGUCAUUAUGUAUUAUUGUGAUCCGUAAAUGUAUGAUAUCGUAAUUUAUUUUUGUUUUAAUAAAAUUUAUUUUAUUUUACAAUUUUUUCUUUUUCCUUUUUGUUUACCGUGUAUUACCAAAGUUGGCAGUGAAUAAAUAAUAGAUGCAAACAA